AUGCAAAGCUUUGUGAAUAUAGAUGGGUCGAUCAACGAAAUCCUCUUUCAGACUCAUAUGAUGAUCCACGCCAGCAACAUAUAUCUGCACAGACCGCGAUCGAUUCUAGCCGCCUCCGGGCUCAUCCAUCAAAUUACUUGCGCCCCAAAUGCUGCAACCUGGCACUCAGAGUCCAUUCUGUACCACACGAAGAAAACCGUGGAUGCGGCCGAUGAGAUCUGCCAAAUGAUCAGCGCACCGCCUUCAUUGUUUUCGCGAACGCCUUUCUUUGUCUGCGCUGUGGCUUUGCAGGCUAUCGUUCAUCUAAGCGCUUAUGGCAUAGCAGGGUGGAGUCAAAAACGGCCGCUCAUGCAGCAGCAAAUCCAGAUGAGCAUAGGAGCGCUCAAAAAGCUGAGCGAAAUAUGGGAAAUGGCCAGCAUCGUCUUGAGCCAAAUAAAGUGUGUGGCAAGAGCGGUCCUUGAUCCUCCACGGAACGUGAGGUCCCCGGAUGACAGACGAGACACUACUUCGGCUCACCAUAGCUUGGAAGAAGCCGGCAUUGCAGAAACGCUUUCAGCCAACUUCGAGGAUCUCGUGCAAGGGAACGAUGAAUCUUGGUUUAAUGAUUUCCUGGCCCAGAAUUAG